AUGCUGGGUCAAAUAAUAUUGACCUUAUCACUCAUUGCAAUGUCCUGUCAUAUGUUGAUCCUUGAGCCGCAAAGUAUCGCUGCAGCGAACUUAGAGUCAAUGACGAAUUUCAUAAAGGAUCUGAAACGCGAUUACCUUGAUGUAAAAGAACAUCGUCAAAUAACUGUACUGGCAAGAAAUAUUAAUUUACUACGUACUGUCAAUCCACUGUAUCGAGAUCAUCCAAUUUAUACUGGUCGCCAUGCAAAUAUUACGCGUUCGCUGCAAUACAGUAAAAUAGGUUAUGUUUUUAUUUUUGUGGACAAUUUGAAAGACGAUUACUUGAAUGUAUGUUUUCAAGACUUACCUAAUACUUACAAAGCCAAAGUCAUCCUCGUUGUAUUUGGAUCGUUGACGGUUGACGAGAUAAGAAAAAUGUAUGAGAUGGCUUACACCAGGAAAACUGUCAAUAUACUUGUGAUACAUUUUCAUGAAAGUGUUGCGCAACUGUACAGACCUCAAGUUGAAUACAAGACGUGUACGUACGGAGCGAACGUCGUGGGAAAUUGGAGCGUUGAAACUGGGCUGAGGAUGGAGAAAAAAGUAUUUGACAAAAUGAUGAAUUAUCAGACGUGUCCUGUUCGCAUUGUUACUUUAAAUUUAGAACCGGUCAUGCGCAUAACGGAGGGUAAUAAUGAAACGCUGAGGAUUGUGGGUGGACUCGAAGGUAAACUAAUAUUAACGUUUGCCGAUUACAUGAAUUUUACUCCGAUCGUCAAAUAUCCACAAAAUAAAAAUGUACCAAUGUGGAAAACGAGCAGUGAAGAGUCUGAUUUGAUUGACGAGUUAAUUAUGGGAAAGGCAGACAUUGGCGUAGGACAAUUACGUCCCUCUAAUAGCGACCGAUUGCGACUAGACUUUUCAUUCACUUAUAAUUACGAAUGUCUGACGUGGACAGUGCCAUUGAUUAUAGACUGGAACAAAAAUCUACUGUUUUCGGAAUUUUCUACUAUUUCAUGGAUACUUAUAAUAUUGAUAAUUAUAUUAUCAGCUGUGCAGCAGUACUUUUCUUGUUUGAUGCAUUGGAAUAUUGGACCAAACUACAGCUGCUUUUUCUUCUUAUUUCAAUCGUUUUCAAUAACCGUAGGUAAUCCGGUACCAAUAUCGUUACAAAAACGCGCGGAGAAAUUACAAUAUACUUUAUACUUAAUUUACGCAUUAAUAAUAACCGUCGCGUAUAAAACUUCAUUGGCGCAACAAUUGACAUUGAGAUUAGAUCCUUUUUACAGAUCUUGAAUGAUCAAGCGUCAGAAAAUCAUCUCGUACACGAGCUGAUGAAACGAUACGAGGUAAUGGUGAAUGCGGAUGAAGCAGCUAAUUUGAUAUCUACGGAACAAAAUCUAGCUUAUAUUCGUCAUCGAUCGACUAUGGAUUAUAUAA